AACAAAAAGUAAAGAACAACAAAAUAUGGUUUCUUUUAUUCCUCUUUAAUUUGAAAAACAUUACUAUAUCAUUUUAUAGCCCAAUUCCUCCACAAGGACCACAAACAAUCCAACCUCAUAGGCCAUAGCUGUAUAGCUCCAUCUACCUGUAUUAUUCAUCUGUCCUCAACUUCACCUUCUUCCUCAAAACUCGCAGACCCCUUUGGCACACACACUCCCCAAAAAAAUGAAAUCUCUCUCUCUCCUCCUCCUCCUACUCUCUCUCCUCCCCUCUCUCUCCUUCCCAUCCCUCCUCCUCCAAGACAAGCUCGCAUUGCUCGACUUCUCCAACAGCCUCCCCCACUCGCGUUACCUCAACUGGACCGACUCCUCCCCGGUCUGCACCCACUGGACCGGCAUCACCUGCAACCCCGACCGGUCCCGGGUAAUCUCCCUCCGGUUACCCGGCGUCGGCUUCCACGGCCCCGUUCCGCCCAACACCCUCGGCCGCCUCUCGGCCCUCCAGAUCCUCAGCCUCCGGUCCAACGCCAUCACUGGCCCUUUCCCUUCCGACCUCUUUAACCUCAGUAAACUGUCGUUUCUUUACCUCCAGUUCAACAGGUUUGCCGGGCCGUUGCCAGCUGAUUUCUCCAAGUGGAAGAAUCUGACUAUUGUUAACUUAUCCUACAACGGGUUUAACGGGAGCAUACCCGUUUCGUUGUCGAAUUUAACCCAGUUGCAGGCCUUGAAUCUUGCGAAUAAUUCGGUUUCGGGUGAGAUACCGGAUUUGUACUUGCCGAGUUUGCAGCAGGUUAACUUGUCUUGUAACAGGCUUACUGGCAUUGUGCCCAAAUGGCUUCAGAAGUUUCCUAGUUCAGUGUUUAGUGGUAAUGAUGUUGUGCUGGGAAAUUAUAGUACUAGUGUUCCUACUGAUGAGUCGAAUUAUUACCCGAGAUCUGAGAAUGUUGGAAAGCUAAGCGAAAUGGCGGUACUGGGGAUUGUGGUGGGUUGUUGUGUUUUGGGGCUAAUUGGGUUUGCUUCUAUUUUGGUUGUUUGUUGCUUGAGAAAGAGAGGUGAGGAGGAUGUGCUGUUUUCGGGGAAAUUGGAGAAGGGGAAGAUGUCGCCGGAGAAAGUGAUUUCGCGGAGCCAAGACGCAAACAACAGGCUGUUUUUCUUUGAGGGGUGUAGUUAUGUGUUUGAUUUGGAGGAUUUGCUCAGGGCUUCUGCUGAGGUGUUGGGGAAGGGGACGUUUGGGACGGCCUUUAAGGCGGUUCUUGAGGAUGCGAACACGGUGGUGGUGAAGAGGUUGAAGGAGGUGAGUGCUGGGAAGAGGGAUUUCGAGCAACAGAUGGAGGCGGUCGGGAGCAUCAAGCAUGCGAACGUGAGUGAGCUAAGGGCGUAUUACUAUUCAAAAGAUGAGAAGCUACUUGUAUAUGAUUACUUCAGCCGGGGGAGCGUUGCUGCAAUGCUACAUGGUAAAAGAGGUGAGGAGAGAAUCCCUCUAGAUUGGGAUACGCGACUGAGAAUAUCCAUUGGUGCAGCCAGAGGCAUUGCUCGGAUCCAUGCAGAGAACAACGGGAAGCUUGUUCAUGGCAAUGUAAAGUCUUCAAACAUCUUCCUCAACUCUCAAAACUACGGUUGUGUGUCAGACCAUGGGCUGUCGGCAAUAAUGAGCCCACUAGGCCCACCUAUUGCCCGAGCUGCCGGUUACCGGGCCCCAGAAGUGACGGACACCCGCAAAUCAUCGCAGUCAUCCGAUGUCUAUAGUUUUGGCGUCCUGUUGCUAGAGCUCCUCACUGCUAAGUCCCCUGUCUAUUCCAACGGUGGCGAUGAGGUCAUCCAUUUGGUCCGGUGGGUCCAUUCAGUGGUACGAGAAGAGUGGACUGCCGAAGUUUUUGAUGUAGAGCUGUUGAGGUAUCCGAAUAUAGAGGAAGAGAUGGUGGAGAUGUUGCAAAUAGCAUUGGCUUGUGUCGUGAGGAUGCCGGAACAAAGACCUAAAAUGCCAGAUGUAGUGAAGAUGAUUGAAAAUGUAAGGAUGACUGAUUAUGAGAAGCAGCAGUCGUCUGGAGCCAAAUCUGACAACUCAACGACACCGCAAGAUGCUUCUGGGUUAGAAUCCUCAACCCCGUUGUGAGAGAUCAUUUUGAGUUUCUAUUUUGCCCCAGCCUGGUUGUUGUUGUACUAUUAUCCUUUUGAAUACAUGGUUGAAAUGUGGUUUCUUUCACCCUCCUGGUGAACAGAACUAAUUGUAACUUUUUAUAGACCUGAUCAUGGGUUUUUGACAGUGUUUCGUUCGGUCAUGUAUCGACUUAUCACUGUGCUUUUGUCACAAAAUCAAAAACAGUGUUUUGUUUGGGCA